CGAUCAAUUUUCUUGAUUUUUGGUAGCACUUCAAUAAUUACCAAUCAAAAAGAAUGAAGAAAUAAAAAUGUUUAUAUAUGGAAGCACUCUUCUACGAAGCCAAAGUGCCACUAACCAUUAUCUUCGGAGUUUCAACGUCCUCUCUCUUAACAAGUUGAAAUUCAUAGAAUAUAUUUCUUAACAGGUAUAUAUCUAUUGUGAAUUUUUUAUCAUAAACAUUAACUUUUUUAUCACACCUGUUGCUUAGCAACCAUGUAAUAACAAAUUGACAGAAAAAAACAAACGAAUCCAGCCAAAUAUCAAAAUUAAACUACUUUAACAAAUUUGAAAAUAAUAAUUAGAAAUAUGGAUUGGGCCGAAGAGUUAAAAAUGUCCAUUAGAAAGACCACUGCACGUAAAGGCCGCAGAUCUAAAAGUCGGGAUUUACUUAACGAGCAAAAAUCUUCAACUCCCACCUUUACUGGAUCUGAAGCUAACAAGGAAAUUUCAAUUGACAUCACUUUGGAUAUGCAACAAUAUUCCUCAUCUAGCGCUACACCUCAAACAAGCUCAAAGGAUUCUGAGUUAAAACGUCCACCAGUUCGUCGUAUUUCUGGUGGAUGGGCAGAUAGCAGUGGAUUGAAGGGUUUAAAAUCGAAAAAGGGUUCCUUUGAUGACGAACGUUUUCAAUUUUCAACUCCGAAAUCGACCAAAAGUACUACACCAGACGACGACAUACCAAUAAUACCCGACCUCGAAGAUAUAAAAGAUGAAAUUAUUCUUAAUGAAAUAGUUGAACCACCAAUAUAUCCUACAGAUCGUGUAGCUACAUUAAAAGAACUUAAUUAUGAUUUAUUAUCACAAAAUGCCUUCUCUUCACUUGCCGAUAUGAACUUAACUGUACUUCUGCAUUCCUUGGCACCACAGAAUAGUCUCGAUGAAGCUGACGAAGUGUGGGAAUGGGAAAAGGUUUUCACUCAAAUUACAGCAGAAAUUCGCAAUGAAAAAACGAAUGCCAUUCCAAUGCAAAAACUGGAAAUCGGUCCAGACGAAAUGCCACCAAUGAUGCAUGCUUAAAAAUCCACCGAAUGUGACAACGUUGAAAACUGUACCAUGUAAGCAAUGAAGCUCGAUGUUGAUUCCGACACUAAUAGUUUUGGAACAAUUUAC